AUGGGUAAGCGAAAGAAGUCUUCCAGGAAACCAGGCCCUGCUAGACAAAAGGUCCCUCUUGACACCACCUUUACCUGUCUGUUCUGUCAUCAUGACAAGUCUGUAACCGUCAGACUCGAUAGAAAAGAGGGUGUUGCCCAAUUAGUAUGCAGAGUAUGUGAUCAGAGGUAUCAGAGCAAAGUCAAUCAUUUGACUGAGCCCAUCGAUAUCUACUCGGAGUGGAUAGACGCCGCAGAUGCCGCACAACGCGAGGAGCAGAUCGCACGUCGCCCUGUGGCGUCAUCCAGUCGACCAAUUCCCGUCCCCGCGUCUGUGGAUAGUGAAGACGAAGAAUAG